AUGGAUGAGGAUAAGCUUCUAUCUGCACUGCCUGGGGAAGAUGGUGCCACCUGUGACCCCAGCCUGGAGCCUGAGGAGGAGCCUGGGGUCCAGAAUGGAAUGGCAUCCAGUGAGGACCUGAACAGUAGCCACACCAGCCCAGGGCAUGAGAUGAGGGGCACCCUGGUGGACACUGAGGGACAUACAAAGGGCCUGGACAUGGCUCUCCACGGCCUCAGCCUUGGCCUCUCCCUCACCAAUGGCCUAGCCCUGGGGCCAGACUCAAACAUUCUGGAAGACUCUACAGAGUCCAGGCCCUGGAGGGCUGGUGUGCUGGCGGAGGGGGACGAUGCCUCCAGGAGCCUCUGUCCAGACGCUGAGGAUCCUCCACUGGGGCCAGGAGAACCAGACGUGCGGGACGGCUUCAGCGCCACAUUUGAGAAGAUUGUGGAGUCGGAGCUGCUGCGGAGCACACAGUACAGCAGCCUGGACUCCCUCGAUGUGCUGAGCCUCACGGAUGAGAGCGACAGCUGCGUCAGCUUCGAGGCCCCCCUCACGCCCCUCAUCCAGCAGCGGGCCCGGGAUAGCCCUGAGCCAGGGGCUGGCUUGGGCACUGGGGACAUGGGGUCCGAGGGGGACAUGGGAGCAGCUGGCGGUGAUGGGGAGCUGGGCAGCCCCCUGCGGCGCUCCAUCUCCGGCAGCCGCUCUGAGAAUGUCCUGAGCCGCCUGUCUCUCACGGCCGUGCCCAAUGGCUUCCAUGAAGAUGGACCCCCGGGCCCAGGUGGGGACGAGGAAGAUGAGGAGGAAGACAUGGACAAGUUGCUGAACUCGGCCAGCGACCCCAGCCUGAAGGACGGCCUGUCGGACUCAGACUCAGAGCUGAGCAGCUCGGAGGGGCUGGAGCCUGGCAGCGCAGACCCACUGGCCAACGGGGGCCAGGGCGUCAGUGAAGCUGCCCGCCGGCUGGCACGCCGCCUCUACCACCUGGAGGGCUUCCAGCGUUGUGAUGUUGCCCGGCAGCUGGGCAAGAACAAUGAGUUCAGCAGGCUGGUGGCCGGGGAGUACCUCAGCUUCUUUGACUUCUCGGGCCUGACUCUGGACCGAGCACUCAGAACCUUCCUGAAGGCCUUUCCGCUGAUGGGGGAGACACAGGAGCGUGAGCGGGUCCUUACGCACUUCUCCCGCCGGUACUGCCAGUGCAACCCUGACGACAGCACUUCGGAAGAUGGGAUCCACACGCUCACCUGUGCCCUGAUGCUUCUCAACACGGACCUGCAUGGACAUGUGAACAUUGGCAAGAAGAUGUCCUGCCAGCAAUUCAUUGCCAACUUGGACCAGCUGAAUGACGGACAAGACUUUGCCAAAGACCUGCUGAAGACCCUUUACAACUCCAUCAAGAAUGAAAAGCUGGAAUGGGCCAUUGAUGAAGAUGAGCUGAGGAAAUCACUGUCUGAGCUGGUGGAUGACAAGUUUGGGACAGGCACAAAGAAGGUGACACGGAUCCUGGAUGGUAGCAACCCCUUCCUGGAUGUCCCACAGGCUCUCAGCGCCACCACCUACAAGCAUGGUGUGCUGACCCGGAAGACUCACGCCGACAUGGAUGGCAAGAGGACGCCCCGUGGGAGGCGUGGCUGGAAGAAAUUCUACGCGGUGCUCAAAGGGACCAUUCUGUACCUGCAGAAGGAUGAGUACAGGCCUGACAAAGCCCUGUCUGAGGGUGACUUGAAGAACGCCAUUCGUGUGCACCAUGCUCUGGCCACCAGGGCCUCCGACUACAGCAAGAAGUCCAAUGUGCUCAAGCUGAAGACAGCCGACUGGAGGGUCUUCCUCUUCCAGGCACCGAGCAAGGAAGAAAUGCUGUCCUGGAUCCUUAGGAUCAACCUGGUGGCUGCCAUCUUCUCGGCGCCCGCCUUCCCAGCUGCUGUCAGCUCCAUGAAGAAGUUCUGUCGGCCCCUGCUGCCCUCCUGCACCACUCGCCUCUGCCAGGAGGAGCAGCUGCGUUCUCAUGAGAAUAAGUUGAGGCAGGUGACUGCAGAGCUGGCUGAGCACAGGUGUCACCCGGUCGAGCGGGGCAUCAAGUCCAAGGAGGCUGAGGAGAACCGGCUGAAGGAGCAUUAUCUCACGUUUGAGAAAAGCCGUUAUGAGACCUACAUUCACCUCCUGGCUGUGAAAAUCAAAGUGGGCUCAGAUGACCUGGAGUGGAUUGAGGCCCGGCUGGCCACCCUGGAGGGGGAUGACCCUUCUCUCCGCAAGACACACUCGAGCCCUGCCCUCAGCCAGGGCCAUGGAACUGUGACCGGCAGCAAAGCCACGAGGGAUAACACUGGGCCUGAUACUUAGCUGGCACGGAUGGGCAGGUCCCAGAGGCAGGCAAUGCCCCCAGAGGGCUCAGUGAGCACAAUUCCAGCCAGGGGCCACUCGGAUCAGCUCUAGGCAGUUGUUGGGCAGCCAGGGGGGUGUGGAGAGCCCUGUGGGCCAAGGAGAUGGAGAUGCUAUUCAUGGUGUCGAUCUUGCAUCCUGGGGCUGCUCUGGGCCUCUGACCCUCUCCCCAGCUCUCACAUCCCUCUUCACCCCAGAGCCUCAUUUUCUAGGCCAGUUGUGUGCAUGCUCUAGACGCCAUCUCACUGGAGAAAUGGGAAGGGUGGUUGACUUCCCAGGCUCUCCUCUUCUCACAAGUUCCUCCCCUCAUCUCCCUUGUUUCCGAGGGCAGGUCUUGACCCCAGGUCUCAGCUUGGACUCCCACCCUUUCUCCUCCUCCUUCCUCUGAGUUGACCAGCAGCAGGUCUGCAGACCACCAGCACUAUCCUCUCCUCCUCCACUCAGCAGCCUUGGGAACCACACCCCAUUCUCCUGCCUCACCCGGCAAUAACCCAGGACCCAGGCCUGUCCCUCAGUGCCAAGCUCUCUCCACUCAAGUGUGUGUCCACCUCAUCUUCCAUCCAUCGAGGCCACUACUGCUUUCUUUUAUAUGGACAUAAAUGUAUAUAUAUAAGAAUUAUAUAUAUAUAUAAGG